CGCGGUGAGAUUUCGACUUCUCUCGCCAAAGAAAGAAAUAUGGCGCUCUUCAAGAGUCUCCGUCAAAAGCUGGGUCCUGAAAACGUCGUCAGCGAGGCAGUUGUCCGAGACAUCCGCUUCCCGACGUCGCUGGAGGCGCACGGUUCGGACGCAGUCCACACGGACCCCGACUACUCCGCGGCCUACGUGGAGCUUCGGGUCUCCGGGCUGGAAGCUGUCGGGCACGGCCACACUUUCACGCUCGGACGGGGCACCGAGGUCGUAGUGUCAGCCGUUAACGCACUCCUCCCGCUCGUAGUGGGCCGUCCGCUUCUCGGAAUACUCACCGACUUUGCCGGGUUUUGGCGCGGGCUCACGAACGAGAGUCAGUUGCGUUGGCUGGGACCCGAAAAGGGGGUGACGCACCUCGCUCUGUCCGCCAUUAUCAACUCUCUCUGGGACGUAUGGGGAAAGAUAGAGCAGAAACCCGUGUGGAAACUACUUGCCGACAUGACACCGGAAGAAACUGUGUCCCUCAUCGAUUUCCGGUAUAUCUCGGACGCCGUUUCGAAAGAGGAGGCACUUGUGAUUCUGCGAGAGAAGUUCCCCACCCGAGGAGAGAGGGAGGAGAGGGCGAGGAGGGAGGGGUAUCCUCUGUACACCACGUCUGUCGGUUGGCUUGGUUACAGCGACGACAAGAUCAGAGAGCUAUGUUCCAGGGCUCUUGGUGAGGGGAUCACCCAGUUUAAGAUGAAGGUGGGAGUGAAUGUUGAAGACGAUGCCCGAAGAGCUCAGGUUAUCAGGGACCAGAUCGGCUGGGAGAGAAGCCUCAUGAUGGACGCCAACCAGCGAUGGGACACAGACGAAGCCCUUGCACACAUGACCCGUCUCGCCAAGUUUAAACCGGUUUGGAUCGAGGAACCGACCAGUCCGGACGACAUUCUUGCCCACGCAAAAAUCAGACAGGCUCUGCGGAAAUUUGGAAUCGGCGUAGCAACUGGAGAACAUGCGCACAACCGGGUAAUGUUCAAGCAGUUUUUGCAAGCCGAGGCGAUGGACUUUUGUCAGAUAGACGCAUGUCGUCUCGGUGGCGUCAACGAACUCGUUGCCGUGGUAAUCAUGGCCGCCAAGUUCGGAGUCCCCGUGUGUCCCCAUGCCGGUGGUGUCGGGCUGUGCGAAUACGUCCAACAUUUGGCGUUCUUCGACUUCAUCUGUGUUUCUGGAACAAAAGACGGCAGAGUAGUGGAGUUCGUCGACCACUUGCACGAGCACUUUGUCGAGCCCGUCACCGUGAAAGGUGGUUGCUAUUGGUUACCCGGUCGCCCCGGUUACUCGGGAGAGAUGCUGCCGCAGUCGCUAGAUGAACACGAGUAUCCUCACGGAGCUGUCUGGAAGACUAUACUGGAGUCAAAACCAUCUUCAUGAUUGUCACCUUUUGGCUCAGAAAAAAUUAAAAUUAUUAUUAAUUCCUUUUUUGUCUCAACCAAAGGUUUUUU